AAAAAAAAAAAAUUCUUAUUCUUCUCCCUAUUGUUCCACUUCCGGUGACAGUGAUUCACGAAGGGGCGGUUCACUUCUUUUCGAAGGGUUUCAAAGAAGCUAAGAACUAUGGUGUGGGGACUCUUCCCCAAUGAUCCUCUUUCUGGUGAAGAUAAGUACUACAUUUUCAAAACUGGAACUUAUAAAGUUGGUCGAAAAGGUUGUGAUGUAAUCAUCACUAAAGAUAAAGGGGUUUCUCGGGUUCAUGCAGAAAUAAUUGUUAAUGCGAUGAACCUGUUAAACUCUUUACCGAAUGAAUGUUCUCUUAUGUCACCAAAUGUACAGAUCAAAGAUUGCUCCAAAUAUGGGACAUUUAUUAGCAAGAAUAAUGGACACAGGAAGAAAGUUCAUGAGCUUCCAAACAAAGAAACAGCUCUGGACAAUGGCGAUCUUGUCUCGUUUGGUACUGGUAGUGCUACCUACAAGUUUUGCCAUGUCCCACUUAUGUUUUUCAUUUGUUCCUUGGACAAAGUAGAUCAAUCUAUUGAAGAGAAAAUUUCGUCAAUUGGUGCUGCUAGUACUUGUACCUUAAGUGAAGAUUGCACACACGUUCUAGUGGAUCAACUCAUGCCAUUGAAGAAGGAUAUUGUUGACGCUGUUGUAGCAAAAAAACAUUGUGUUCUCAAAACAUGGCUUGAGGAUUUUGCAGAAAAGAAUAUUGUCACUGAUAUGCCUAGCUGUUAUUCAUAUAUACCAACGGUGUCAGUGGAAGGAAGAUCUAUCAAAGUUGCUGACCCUAAAACUCGUGAAAAUUGCUUGAAAGGAUACACGUUUUUGUUAGAAUCUGUGCAUAUGUACAAAUUCAGGGAUCAGCUCAAAUCUUUGUUGGAUGUCACUGGUGCAAAAACUGUCUCCUAUGAAUAUUUUUGUUCAAAUAGUCAGGGUUCAGAUUAUGGAGACGAUAAUCGUUUGAUUUGUGUCAUCCCAGGCGUACCAGCAUGCAAAUCUGAUCGCUUCAAUAAAUUAAGUUCUUUGCUUAGAGUGAAUGAGAUGGAUGUAAUAUUUGCUGCUUUAAGUGGACAUCUUGAUCCAUCGAUACUGAAGUCACCAUGCAUACUUGUUUCAUCUUCAUGCUCCACAGACGAGACAGUGGUAGCAGAUUCAGAUACUGAAGUUGAAACAGCCACAUCAGCCCAUGCAACUGAGACAUUCCUCAACGGAAAUACCAUACAAUAUGUUAAAACUGAAGAAUUGGAUGAUGAUUCUGGCAGUAUGGAUAAUAAAAAACAUGAGAAAAUGGAACCAUCCGCAGUUGAUGUUUCUACCAGAUCAAUUGACAUAAAACAAGCAAAAACAGCGUCACCCUUGGAUGAUUGUUCUGUCAAAUUGGACACUCAUGCUAUGAGCUUCAGAGAUGGUAGUGGUAGUAUAAAAGUGAAGAAAGACAAGGUUGAUGAUUAUGGAAGUGGAAAUGCAGAUAUUAUUUAUAGUCAAGAUCUAGUUGUCCGAGAUGUAACCAGAGUAACUAACACGAGUAGUGCACAAAACAGCAGCAUUCCAAAUUUUAAACAUUUUAGAAAGACACAUACUCAAUCUGGUAAUAGUUUUGAAAGUCUUGUUCCGUUUGCAAAAUAUCCAUACAAGGACUCUGAUUUUGGGAAUGAUGAGGUACAUGAGUCUGUGAAAGAGGAAAAACGGCGGAAGAAAAUGGAAGCUGUGGCUGAAGACCUUUUUAAUAAUGAGAAGGCAAGAAAGCGAGGCACAGCUGGUUCACUUCGUGGGAUCCUUAUUUCGUGAAGCCAUAUGACAGAUGAGGAUAAAAACCGGCAAGUAGGACCAAAUUGUCAUUUUGCAGGGCAAAGAAGAGAGAGAAUUUACAGAGGUCAAUCCUAAAUCAGUAAACUUUCCACUACUAUUCCAUAGAUGUACCGGUUUUGUUUCUACAUAUUCUCUGUUGUCUAUGUCUUUAUCCCAGAAUUAGGAUGUGAUUUAUUUCAAUGUUACUAUUUUUCAGAAAAAAUGUGUAUAAAAUUAGAUAGUGUAGAAUUAUGGCGGUCCGGUACCUUUGUUUUUGAUUGAUAAUGAAGUUAUUGGCAUUUGAAAUAUAUAUGGUUUCAGUUGGUG